GGUAUAGUUAAGACCGAAGAUAUGGUGUUUUGCGAAAACAAGAAGUUGGAUUGUAAGUUUGAAGAUGUUGCUGAUUUAUUACCUGGGAAAGAAAUUGGGGCUAUUAAGGUUAGGGUUCUUCGUCUGUGGAAAGUACCUGCUUUUAUGAAUCCAAUGGAGUUCAAUUCACUUGAGAUGGUUCUAUGUGAUGGGAAGGGGGGGAAAAUUCAUGCUUCUGUUAGGAAGCAACUUAUUAAUAUGUUUGAUUCGAAGUUGGAAGAGGGCGGAGUGUAUGAGAUAUCCUCUCUGUCUAUUUUUCCCGAGAGUGGUUUGUAUCGAACGACUCUUCAUCGAUACAAGCUUGGUUUUCAAAGUAAGACUGUAGUCAAACCUUCUCAGAGUUCUGAUAUAUCGCAAUAUGGUUUUAGCUUCACAAACAUUGAUGAGAUUUGUUCGUUUACUCAUGAUUAUGAGUUUCUGGUUGAUGUUGUUGGCGUUAUGACUGGGAUAUCUGCUGAGCGAGAGUAUAUAAGGGAUGGCAAGAUUACUAAGAUGGUUAACAUUGAGCUUACUGAUCACACUGGUAAGUGUGAAUGUGCUUUGUUUGGUGACUAUGUUGAUGAUUUAAAUAAGAAGAUGGGGAAAUUGACUUCUGGGUUGCCCAUUGUUGCUGUUCAAUUUGCAAAGGUGAAGAUGUUUAGAGACAAGGCAUCUAUUCAAAAUGUUUUACAUGCUACUAGGAUUUUUGUUAAUGCUGAUAUUCCAGAGCUCGAAUCAUUUAAGAGCAGUAUUGCGGUGCAUGGUAUUGAGAGCGAUACUAUUGUUCCAUUGAUUGGUAGUCAGCCAAGACCUUCUCUUGAAGAAGAAUUUCUUCAGAUGCAUCCCAAAAAAACGGUGGCUCAGUUGAAUGUUUUGGUUGAGGAUGGUGUUUUUGCUGUUUGUGGUGAAGUUGUUGGUGUAGUAGAUAGUCAGAAUUGGUGGUAUCCUGCGUGCAAAUGUCACAAAGCUGUAGUUCCUGAUUCAGGUUCUUACUUCUGUAGUUCUUGUGACAGACAUGUUUUCCAAGUUAUACCAAGGUUUAGGGUAAAGUUUGAAAUUGUGGAUGGUGAAUCAUCUUGCAUUGUAGUUGUGUUUGAUUCUGAAAUGAGCUAUAUUCUUGAAAAAUCAUGUGCAUUUUUUGUUGCUCAAUCAAAGGCUAGAAAUGGUGGACCACAUCCUAUUGAGUUUGAUGGUUUGAUUGGGAAGAAAAUGUUGUUUGCUGUUGCAGUGUCUGGUAAGCAGUCUUCUAUGGGUGAUGGUUCAUAUAGGGUAAGAAGAAUUUGUAUGGACCCUGUUAUUAUUGAGAAGUUCUGUUCUCAAGGAGGUUUUUGUACUCCAACAAAGGUGAUGUCUCCUGUUGUUGAUUUCGAAUCCGAAAGCUUGAGUGAUGAUAAUGUUGCUGAUGAUGAUUCUGAGGCUCUCCAAUUUGUUGACAAUCUUAUAGUUACUCCACCUACUUCAAGUGUUGACAUUGAUGAUGAAAGUGAUGGUCCGUUUGUUGUUAAGAGGAAUCUCUCCAAAGCAUUUGAUGGAGCUGCUAAGCCUAAGCGUAGUAUUCGUCUAAAAAAAGUCAAAAUUGAGAAGGAUUGAUGUGUAAUCAUGUUUGAGAAAUAGUAGGGUUGUUUGUUUGUAUGUUGAACCUAUUGUAUAUAUAUCAACGUAUCAAUAAGUCCUACAAAUGUUAGUUGUUGUGUUUAAUAUGUCUAUGUUUA